AUGACAAAGAUGAAGGCCUUGGUGGUCGGCUGCACUGGCGUCGCCGCGGAGAUCGUGAAGAACCUCGUUCUGCAGGGCUUGGGGGCUGUUACGCUGGUCGACAAGAAGCCGGUGCAGAUUCAGGACCUGGGGACGAACUUUUUCUUGUCGGAGGCUGACGUGGGAAAGCCUUUGGCCGCCACGCUCGUUCCCAAGUUCCAGGAGCUGAACCCCUUCUGCAGCAUUCGUACCGAGACGUCCCUGACGCCGGAGGUGGUGCGGCAGCAUUCCGUGCUGCUGGUCUGCGAGAGCAUGCCCUUGCCGGACCUCUUAAAGUGGAACGACUUUUGCCGAACAAAUCAGCCAAAGCCGGUGGCCUUCAUCUACGUGCGCACUGGCGGCGUCUUCGGAAACGUCUUUGUGGAUUUCGGUCCCCAGCAUGUGCUGAUGGAUGCCAAUGGACAGGUGGCCUUCGUUGCCGGGGCCGCGCCGACCCGGGUUUCUCCCCUUGCGGCACCAGGGGCCGCAGCCGCCCUCCGCGGACGCCGGGCGCGGCGUGCAGCGCGGCUGGAGCGAAAGGCCUUUGGAAAGUUUCUGGGAAACAUCAAGUUCCCAUGGGACAACGACAAUAAGGAGGAGUCGUCCAGCGCCCCAAAGAACGGGAAGCCCUCGACGACCUGGAAGGAGCUACUGCUCCUCAAGGACCUGGGGGCAAGCUCCUUCGACAAGGCCCUGCAAGUGAACCUCGACAACACCAUCUACGGCAGUUUCGCAGAGAUUGGUGCUGGUCAGGAG